CAGAAGGCGGACCAGCGGGGCUGCUGGGUCCCCGGGCGCCGCCCCCUCCUCGACUUCUCCCGGGAAGGCUCCCUGCCGGGGCCCCGGGGCUGGGACCCGGCGAGCACGUGGGAGGCUGGCGAGGACCAGCGCCCGGCCCGGCCGGGGAGGGGAGGCCGGCGGGAGCCCGCGGCCUGGGGAGACUCGGAGCUCCAGUUUUUCAAAAGCGGUGAAGUCAAGAUGAAGAACCAUUUGUUUUUCUGGGGAGUCCUGGCCAUUUUUGUUCAGGCUGUUCUUGUGACAGCCGGAGAUGAAGGUGAAAGGAUUGUUCUGGCUGACAACAAAUGUAAGUGUGUCCGGGUUACUUCCAGGAUCAUCCCCUCUCCUGAAAAUCCUAAUGAAGACAUUCUGGAGAGACACAUCAGAAUUAUUAUUCCUGUGAACAGCAGAGAGAAUAUCUCUGAUCCCACCUCACCAGUGAGAACCAAAUUUGUGUACCAUUUAUCCGACCUCUGUAAAAAAUGUGAUCCUGUAGAAGUGGAGCUGGAUAAUCAAGUAGUUACUGCCUCCCAGAGCAAUAUCUGUGAUGAAGACAGUGAGACCUGCUACGCUUAUGACAGGAACAAGUGCUACACAAAUAGGGUCCCACUUACCUAUGGUGGUCAGACCAAAAUAGUGGAAACAGCCUUGACCCCAGAUUCCUGCUAUCCUGACUAAUUUAAAUCAUUGCUGACUGCACAUCUCCUUAUCUUAAAAGGCUCUCCAUUUUGAUACGUAUAGUUAAUAUAUUUACUAAUGAAUUGGAAACCAUUACUUUUUUUCAGAUAAUAUAAUAAUAACUUCUCCCCCCAAAUAAUUGAAGUAGCAACAUUGUUAUUUUUAUUGGGUAAUUACUUCUCAACUGUAUGUUCAUAUGUUCACACUCAGUAUUGAAUCUCUCACUGGCCUGAUGGGGUAUGCAUCCUUAAGAAUAUAAUUUCUGGCAUUUAAAAAAAUAGACAAGGGCAGAAAAUAAAACUCAAAGAGUAAAAAUCAGGAGAGAGAAUUAAAUUUUGCCUUUUCUUUUUGCUAUGCCUUGGAGAGCCAGAGCUUUUGCACUUUCCAUACUAUUUUCUUUUAAUAAAAUAUCACUGUGCAGAGAAAAUUUAUAUGUAAACGUAAGUCAAUUAUAUGUUUUCAUUAGAAAAAUAAUAAUUGGAAAACAUGUUUUGGAAAUAUUUAUAAAAAUCAUUUAAAAUGGGUCUCUAAUGUUUAUCAAACCAGUUAGCCAAAAGUGACAUA